GGGGGCGCUCCCGGGGGCGGCGGUUGCCCGGAUGGGCCGUUAGUCGGAGAGCAGCCGCGGAGUGAGCGAGGGAGACGGGAGGAGCCGAACCCGGCGCCAUCCGCCGCCAUCCGCCCCCACCCCACCGCCAUCCCGUACCGGGGAGCCCCUAGGCACCGGUCCCGGGCCUCCGUGCACCCGGCCAGAGGGUAGAGACUAAAGUACUUGAAGUCUGACUCACAGGCUCCGGCACGUUUUGGGGGAGGUGCCUGCAGGACCCAACGUACUCAAUGAGCUUCCAGCGCAAUGUCCGAUCGCUCGGGGCCGACUGCCAAGGGGAAGGAUGGAAAGAAGUAUUCCUCGCUCAACCUGUUUGAUACGUAUAAGGGCAAGUCCUUAGAGAUCCAGAAACCCGCUGUUGCCCCUCGCCAUGGCCUGCAAAGUCUUGGGAAAGUUGCAAUUGCCCGGCGUAUGCCACCCCCAGCCAACCUUCCAAGCCUGAAAGCCGAGAACAAAGGCAAUGAUCCCAACGUCUCACUAGUGCCGAAAGACGGGACAGGAUGGGCAAGCAAACAGGAGCAGUCCGACCCCAAGAGUUCCGAUGCCUCAACCGCUCAGCCGCCGGAAUCGCAGCCACUGCCGGCUUCACAGACGCCUGCCUCCAACCAGCCGAAACGACCCCCAGCAACCCCCGAGAACACUCCUUCGGUUCCAAGCGGGGUAAAGUCCUGGGCACAAGCCAGCGUCACCCAUGGAGCACACGGAGAUGGUGGAAGGGCAUCAAGCCUACUGUCACGAUUCUCUCGAGAGGAAUUUCCGACCCUGCAGGCGGCUGGAGACCAGGACAAGGCUGCCAAGGAAAGGGACUCUGCCGAACAGUCGUCUGGGCCCGGACCAAGCCUCCGCCCCCAAAAUUCUACAACUUGGAGGGACGGAGGUGGGCGUGGCCCUGAUGAGCUGGAGGGCCCGGACUCCAAACUGCAUCAUGGCCAUGACUCCCGGGGUGGGUUGCAACCUUCAGGCCCACCUCAGUUCCCUCCCUACCGCGGAAUGAUGCCGCCAUUCAUGUACCCCCCAUAUCUUCCAUUCCCUCCACCCUAUGGACCCCAGGGACCUUACCGAUAUCCCACUCCUGAUGGGCCCAGUCGUUUUCCCCGUGUGUCAGGCCCCCGGGGCUCAGGGCCACCAAUGCGCCUGGUAGAGCCUGUUGGUCGGCCUUCCAUUCUUAAAGAGGAUAAUCUCAAAGAGUUUGACCAAUUGGACCAGGAAAAUGAUGAUGGUUGGGCAGGGGCUCAUGAGGAGGUCGACUACACUGAAAAGCUGAAGUUCAGUGACGAGGAAGAUGGGCGCGACUCGGAUGAAGAGGGAGUUGAGGGCCACAAGGACACCCAAUCAGUUGCUGGUGAGGAACGGCCCCCUGAAGCAGAUGGCAAAAAGGGCAACUCCCCCAGCAGCGAACCGCCCCCUCCCAAGACGGCCUGGGCAGAAACCUCUCGGCCUUCAGAGACAGAGCCAGGGCCUUCUGCCCCAAAGCCUCCCCCACCCCCACCUCACAGGGGCCCCACCGGGAAUUGGGGCCCCCCUGGGGACUACCCAGAUCGUGGGGGCCCUCCCUGCAAGCCCCCUGCACCCGAAGAUGAGGAUGAGGCGUGGCGGCAGAGACGGAAGCAGUCAUCAUCUGAGAUCUCCCUGGCUGUGGAGCGGGCCCGGCGCCGACGGGAAGAGGAGGAACGCCGCAUGCAGGAAGAGCGCAGGGCAGCUUGUGCUGAGAAGCUCAAGCGGCUGGAUGAGAAGUUUGGGGCACCUGAUAAGCGACUCAAGGCAGAGCCUGCUGCCCCUCCUGCUGCCUCACCUACCCCAGCUCCACCUCCUGCAGUCCCCAAAGAAACCCCCACGCCUCCGGUUCCACCAGCACCAGCCUCAACACCAGAGAAAGAACCUGAAGAGCCAGUGCUGGCUCCUGCCCAGUCCACCCCCACCUGCACUGUGGCUCCAGCUCCCACCCUCAUGAGUGGUGGUGGCAGCAGCAGUAGUCCCAGCAGUGGUAGCUUCGAAGGCAUCCCAGUGGAAUCCCAAUUGCCCUCAAAAGAGGGUACUGAACCACAAGAAGAGGUUCCUCCUCCAGCUACACCCCCGACUCCGAAAUUGGAACCCAAGGGUGAUGGAGUUGGCACCACUCGGCAGCCCCUCAGCCAGGGUUUGGGCUACCCCAAAUAUCAGAAAUCAUUGCCUCCUCGCUUCCAGCGACAGCAGCAGGAACAGCUCCUGAAGCAGCAACAGCAGCAACAGUGGCAGCAGCACCAACAGAGCUCUGCUCCACCUGCCCCAGUGCCCCCAUCACCACCACAGCCUGUAACCAUAGGGGCCGUGCCAGCUCCACAGGCCCCACCACCGCCCCCCAAGGCCCUGUACCCAGGUGCUCUAGGCCGGCCUCCACCCAUGCCCCCGAUGAAUUUUGAUCCCCGCUGGAUGAUGAUUCCUCCCUAUGUGGACCCUCGGCUCCUCCAGGGCCGACCCCCUCUGGACUUCUACCCUCCUGGUGUGCAUCCCUCUGGCUUAGUUCCCCGGGAGCGCUCAGAUAGCGGGGGCUCAAGCUCAGAGCCAUUUGAACGUCAUGUGCCCCCCCUUCUCCGGGAACGGGGUACCCCACCAGUGGACCCAAAAUUGGCCUGGGUAGGAGACGUCUUUGCCACCACACCUACCACCGAUCCCCGCCCACUGACAUCUCCCCUUCGCCAGGCUGCAGAUGAGGAUGACAAGGGUAUAAGGAGUGAGACCCCUCCCGGGCCUCCACCCCCACCCUAUCUGGCCAGCUACCCAGGCUUCCCUGAGAAUGGAGCUCCUGGGCCCGCAAUCUCUCGCUUUCCUCUGGAGGAAUCAGCUCCUCCAGGGCCCCGGCCGCUCCCCUGGCCCCCAAGCAAUGACGAGGCAACCAAGAUACAAGCUCCACCGCCUAAGAAGGAACCCCCCAAGGAGGAGACUCCACAGUUGACAGGGCCAGAAGUAGGACGAAAACCCUCCCGUGGGGUUGGAGGAGGCAGCCAAGGCCCUCCGCCACCACGCAGAGAGAGCCGCACAGAGACCCGGUGGGGCCCUCGACCAGGCAGCAGUCGCCGGAGCAUCCCACCUGAGGAGCCAGGGGGCCCUCCUCGCCGAGCCGGGCCUAUAAAGAAACCCUUACCACCUACAAAAGUUGAAGAGCUGCCUCCCAAGCCCCUUGAACAGGGGGAUGAAACCCCCAAAGUUCCAAAGCCAGACCCACUCAAGACAACCAAGGGGAAGGUGGGGGGGCCCAAGGAGCCCACAUCCAUUGGAAAUCUUUCCCCUGCUCCAAGGCUCCGGCGGGACUACUCCUAUGAAAGGGUGGGUCCGGCCUCUUGCCGGGGUCGGGGCCGGGGCGAGUACUUUGCCCGAGGGAGGGGUUUUCGGGGAACCUAUGGGGGACGAGGGCGGGGGGCCCGAAGCCGGGAGUUCCGCAGUUACCGAGAAUUUCGAGGAGAUGAUGGUCGGGGGGGAGGUGGGACAGGGGGACCAAAUCACCCCCCUGCACCCCGAGGCCGUACUGCCAGUGAGACGCGAAGUGAGGGUUCAGAAUAUGAAGAAAUCCCCAAGCGGCGCAGGCAGCGGGGCUCAGAAACAGGCAGUGAGACACAUGAAAGUGACCUGGCUCCCUCAGACAAGGAGGCCCCCCCACCCAAGGAGGGGGUACUUAAUCAGGCCCCUCUUGCUCCCCAACCACCAGGAGCCCCCCUUUCACCAGCCCCAGCCCGUUUCUCCACUGCCAGGGGUGGGAGAGUCUUCACUCCUAGAGGGGUACCAUCACGCCGUGGCCGAGGGGGAGGGAGGCCCCCUCCUACUGUUUGCCCAGGCUGGAGCCCUCCCACAAAGUCUCUAACCCCCAAAAAGCCUCCAGUAGGCCCUUUGCAACCAAACAAGGAGCCUUUAAAAGAAAAGCUGAUCCCAGGGCCUCUGUCCCCUUUGGCCCGGGGAGGCAAUAGUGGAGGCAGCAACAUAGGCUUGAGUGUGGAAGACAACGAUCGGCCCCGGAGGAGGCGACAUGGUAGAGCACAGCAGCAGGACAAACCACCUCGUUUCCGGAGGCUGAAACAGGAGCGAGAAAAUGCUGCUAGAGGGGCUGAGGGAAAGCCCUCUUCCCUGGCCUUGCCAGCCUCUACUUCAGGACCUGAGGAGGCCCUGGCAACAGCAGUGCCCCCACCACCUCGCCGGGCAGCUGCCAAGUCUCCUGAUCUAUCGAACCAAAACUCAGACCAAGCUAAUGAGGAAUGGGAGACUGCAUCAGAGAGCAGUGACUUUGCUAGUGAGCGUCGGGACAAGGAGGCUCCGCUAGUGCUACUGACUCCCAAGGCUGUGGGAGCUCCUGGGGGCAGUGGAAGCGGAGCUGGACCAGGCAUUUCAACUAUGCCCCGUGGAGACCUGAGUCAAAGAGCCAAGGAUUUAAGCAAGCGGAGCUUCUCCAGUCAGCGACCUGGCAUGGACCGGCAGAAUCGCCGGCCAGGCCCAGGGGGCAAGACUAGCGGCAGUGGAGGUGGCGGGGGCCCUGGGGGGAGGACCGGCCCAGGACGCGACAAGAGGAGCUGGCCCUCUCCAAAGAACCGAAGCCGACCUCCAGAGGAGCGGCCCCCGGGGCUUCCUCUGCCUCCCCCGCCCCCUAGCAGUUCUGCUGUCUUCCGCCUGGACCAAGUUAUCCACAGCAACCCUGCUGGCAUCCAACAGGCUCUGGCCCAGCUCAGCAAUCGCCAAGGGAGUGCAGCUGCACCUGGAGGGCACCCAAGGCCCAAACCUGGGCCUCCCCAAACCCCUCAGGGUCCCUCCCCUCGACUCCCAACCAGAUAUGACCCCCAAAGGGCCAACAGCAAUGGUGUUAGUACUGACCCCCACUUCGAGGAGCCAGGGCCAUUGGUGAGGGGAAUGGCCGGGACUCCCCGGGACACUGCUGGGGUUAAUCCUUUCCCCCAAAAACGGCGUGAACGGCCUCCCAGGAAACCAGAGCUGCUACAGGAGGAAUCCUUGCCAUCUUCUCAUAACUCUGGAUUCUUGGGCCCUAAAUCUGAGGGGCCAGGCCCUCGGGGAGAGACCAGAGAUGCAGGCACUGAGACCCUGACCCCUCACAUAUGGAAUCGUUUACAUUCUGCCACAAACCGGAAGAGUUACCAGCCUGGCUCCGUGGAGCCCUGGAUGGAACCCUUGAGCCCCUUUGAAGACGUGGCUGGCACUGAAAUGAGUCAAUCUGACAGUGGAGUAGACCUGAGUGGGGAUUCUCAGGUGUCAUCAGGUCCCUGCAGCCAGCGAAGUUCCCCCGAUGGAGGACUCAAGGGGGCAGCAGAGGGGCCCCCCAAACGACCUGGAGGCCCCUCACCCCUGAAUGCUGUUUCUGGUGAGGGUCCACCUGGCUCUGAACCCUCUGAACCUCCUAGGAGACGGCCAGCUGCCCCCCAUGAUGGGGACAGAAAGGAUUUGCCUCGGGAGCAGCCUCUGCCCCCUGGCCCCAUUGGCACAGAACGAUCACAGCGUAUAGACCGAGGCCCAGAGUCUGGUCUCCUCCGGUCAUCCCAUAGACCUGGCCCCCCAGUCCAGUUUGGCACCAGUGACAAGGACUCGGACUUGUGCCUGGUGGUAGGAGACAAUUUAAAAGCAGAGAAGGAGCUAACAGCGUCAGUCACUGAAACCAUCCCCAUACCCCGAGAUUGGGAGCUGCUCCCUAGUGCCUCUGCCUCUGCUGAGCCACAAUCCAAAAAUUUGGGCUCUGGACACUGUGGCCCCGAGCCCAGCUCCUCAGGCCAACGCCUAUACCCUGAGGUCUUCUAUGGCAGCCCCGGGCCACCAGGUUCUCAGGUCUCUGGGGGAUCCAUAGAUUCUCAGUUACAUCCCAACAAUGGGGGCUUCCGCCCUGGAACACCCUCACUGCACCCCUACAGGUCACAGCCCCUCUACCUACCCCCGGGCCCAGCCCCUCCCUCAGCACUGCUCUCUGGAGUAGCUCUCAAGGGCCAGUUUCUGGAUUUCUCAGCCCUGCAAGCAACAGAACUGGGGAAGUUGCCGGCUGGAAGCGUUCUCUAUCCUCCACCUUCCUUUCUCUAUUCUCCAGCUUUCUGUCCCAGCCCUUUGCCUGACCCACCCUUGCUUCAGGUACGCCAGGAUCUGCCAUCCCCCUCGGAUUUUUACUCUACUCCUUUGCAACCUGGUGGCCAAAAUGGCUUUCUCCCUUCAGGUGCCCCAGCUCAGCAGAUGCUUCUGCCCAUGGUGGACUCACAGCUGCCUGUGGUGAACUUUGGCUCUCUGCCGCCAGCGCCACCUCCUGCCCCGCCCCCCCUCUCUCUGUUACCUGUGGGCCCUGCUUUGCAACCCCCCAGCCUGACCGUGCGGCCACCACCUGCUCCUGCUCCUCGGGUGCUGCCUUCACCUGCCAGGCCCUUCCCCCCAAGCUUGGGGCGAGCAGAGCUGCACCCAGUGGAACUAAAGCCGUACCAGGAUUAUCGAAAACUAAGCAGCAACCUUGGGGGGGGACCUGGGUCAUCACGUACUUCCCCAGCUGGAAGGCCCUUCUCUGGCCUCAAUUCCCGGCUCAAGGCCCCACCUUCCACCUACAGCGGAGUCUUCCGCACCCAGCGCAUUGACCUCUACCAGCAGGCCUCCCCACCGGAUGCCCUGCGCUGGAUGCCGAAGCCUUGGGAGCGGACAGGGCCACCUUCUCGAGAAGGGCCCUCUCGACGAACAGAGGAACCUGGAUCCCGAGGGGACAAGGAGCCUGGGUUGCCCCCACCCCGCUGAGGGGGUUGUUCCCCUUGCCCCCCCCCCUGGGGCUUGUAUAUAGAUUAUAAAUAUAUAAGGGGGAAAGGGGUGGGUGGGGAGGGGUUGUGGGGCUGGAGCCUUGCUUCCCCUCCUCCCCCUUCCCCUGACCCCCUAUCCCUGGGGCCGUUUGUUAAAAAAUAAUAAUAAAAGGAUU